GAUGAGUCAGCAGAAGGUCCAGCAGAGAUUCCAGGAAAGAGAGAAGGAGCUGAAGGAGCUCCAACAGGCUGUGGAGUCUUUCAAGCGCUCUGCACAGGCAGCAGUGGAGGACAGUGAUCAGAUCUUUACUGAGCUGAUCCGCUCCAUUGAGAGAAGGCGCUCUGAGGUGAAGGAGCUGAUCAGAGCCCAAGAGAAGGCUCAAGUGAGUCAAGCUGAAGGACUCCUGGAGCAACUGAAGCAGGAGAUAGCUGAGCUGAGGAAGAGAAGCACUGAGCUGGAGAAGCUCUCACACACAGAGGAUCACAUCCAUUUCCUCCAGAGUUAUCAGUCUCUCUCCAGAAUGAGUGUGUCUUCAGACUUACCCAGCAUCGUUGUCCGUCCUCUUCAGUACUUUGGAGAUGUGAGUCAGACUGUGUCUGAACUGAGAGAGAAACUAGAAGACUUCCUUAAAGGAGAAUGGACCAAGAUCUCCACUACAGUGAAUAUAGUGGAGGUUGUACUGCCUCCAGAGCCCAAGACCAGAGAGCAGUUGUUACAAUAUUCCUGUCAGCUCACACUGGACCCAAACACAGCAGGCACACAACUCUCUCUGUCUGAAGGGACCCGAAAGGUGACCUAUACAGACCAAGUCCAACCAUAUCCUGGUCAUCCAGACAGAUUCACUAACUACUACCAGGUUCUGUGUAGAGAGGGUCUGUGUGGACGCUGUUACUGGGAGGUGGAGUGGAGUGGUUAUGUUGAUAUAGCAGUCUCAUAUAUAAAGAUAUCAGCCGAACAGAGACAGAUGGUGGAUUUGGAGACAAUGGCAAGUCCUGGAGUUUACUAUGCUAUAGUGGUGGUUAUUGUUUCAGACACAAUAAUGUUGUAACUAAAGUAGCAGGCCCUCAGUCCUCCAGAGUAUGAGUGUACCUGGAUCACAAGGCAGGUACUCUGUCCUUCUACAGUGUCUCUGACACAAUGACCCUCCUCCACAGAGUCCAGACCACAUUCACUCAGCACCUCUAUCCUGGACUUUGGCUCUCUGGUACUGCUGAGCUGGUUAAACUGUAGUAGGGUCCACAUAGAUACUAGUCAUGCUGGUAUAGUCUAUAGCUGAGCUGGUU